AUGAAUUUCGGUUCGUUAUGUAAACGUUUUAACGAAUUAAUUAACACUAACCAUGUCGUUUGGAAACAUAAAUUCAAAUUCAUGUAUCCAGUUAUUUUUGAGGUUGCUGAAAAGUUUAGUGAUGGUAAUUGGCUGAAUGAUUUUAAGGAUUUUAUGAAACACAAGCAACUCGUCUAUAGGGAACUAAUAACAAUGUCUCCUAAGCAUUAUUGGAAAAUUGAUGAUAUAACUCCACAGGAUGUGAGUUAUUUUUUUGAAAUAGCAUCAACCAAUAGUCGCAGCUAUUACUAUACAAUAUACAUACUGCAAGAUAUUAUUAGGAAAGGUAAUAAAGUCCUAAAUAACUUCCAAAGCAAAAAACCAUAUACAUUAACAGAAAUACAUUAUGCAAAAAGUGUGGUUCGCUGUCUUAUACAUUGUUAUAUGGCUGUAAAAUGGGUGAAGGCCCAGAUUAGCCAUGAGUUACCUCCAGAAAUCGUUAUCAAUUACUUCUUGCAGUGGAUUGACACUGUAAACUUACACUUGAACGAAGAUGUUGAAGACCAAUUACAGCAUUUGGCCAAUAAAGUUAAGAUUCAUUUGGAUAAAAUGCAUUCAGAUCAAUUGGUAAAAAGCAAUGACAAAAGAUACACUCCAGGGCAAAUAUUUAUAGCAGUUUCUCAAGUGCUCUUUCAUCAAAGGCACAUGGCUCUUACGACAAUCGCAAAUUUAGAUACUCUCGAUAUAGUAAAGAUUGUUCGGGAAAAGAAUGUGAACGAUUCGAUUGAGGACGAGUCCGACUCUUCUUCGUCGAGUUCAUCUCAAAGUGGAAAGCCUGCCUUGAAAAGAAGGAAUUCAAAAGAAGACCCAGACUUCGAAGAUCUCAUAAACCAGGUAUGGGCACAUAAGUAUGGAAACCAGAUUGUUGUGUUUGCUAUUUUUCAAGCAGUGGCAAAAAGAUGUGGGGCAGAGUGUGAACUUAUUGUAUUCUCAAACCAUUUGUUUCUGGAGUGGCGUAGCGACGAAAGCGAACCAAACGCCCAAGUGUUCACUAUCAACGUCGCUACCGGUGAACUUGAGCCAAAACGCCGAUGUCCAUUCGCACAGAGUAACCAGAACGCCCGUUAUAAGUACAGUGCAGAUUCAUUAUUGCAGUGCCUUCACUCGUCAUUUCUCAAGACCAUGGGUGCUAUAAAAAGCUGGAUGACACAAAAUGCGUCAGAUCUUUUAGGAUUCCUGGGUGGAAAUAACAGCAUUCAUAGUCAAUACGACAUUUUUUAUAAAUAUUUGUUCCGGCUUAUUGAUAUGGCGGGCUUAAAUUCAAAUCUAAACCUGAAGAAUUUGACCGAAAGAGAGUUACAGAUUAUAUCUAUGUUAGUACAUGUAAGCACGGGAGCCACAAACAAAGCAGUUAAAAUAUCUAAAGUGAAAAAGCACCACAGUGGUGUCCUUUUCGCUGUAGGCAUGAUAUGCUAUCACAAGGAGCACGAAUACGUAUGUAUAAUACGUGGCUGGGACUUGACUUGCGGCCCGGAGUGGCGGGCCAGCAUCCCAAAGAAAGACCUCAGUUUUGGCCACAAACAGCCCUUUUAUCAUGUGCUUGCUGCCGAUCAAUCGGACAGAUACGUUGCACAAGAAAAUUUAAUCGCUUUGACUCAUCCAACCCGGUUGUACCAUUUAGAAGAAUUUGUGGCUAAAGAGUUCUUACAUUUUGAUGGCUUCAGCUAUGUUCUUAAUGAUGAGAAAAGACUGGAAUAUCCCGAUGAAGACCCAAUUGUCGAGGUGUUUCGACGACGAUCCCAUGUAGCGUAA